AUGGAUAGAUCUAAAUAUCCAACGGUAGAAGCUCUUGGUGUUGAUGUGACAAAUGCUGGUAAGAAAGUGAUAGUAGGGGGGUGGCUUCAUGAUGAAGAAGUUUCUAUUUCUUUACCUAAUAUCUUUAACCCUGAAUAUGAUUUGGUUUUAGGAAGCACGUGGCUAACGAGGUUGGGAAAUAGGAUUGAUGGAUGUAAUAGGAGAUAUUGGGAAUAUAAUGAGAAAAAAAAGAUAUAUUAUGCAAGAAAUAGUAUUGAUAUUCUGUCUCCUUCAUUAUAUACAUUCUACGAAUUAUUAUUUCCUAAAUUUUUUGCAAUUAAUUCAGAUGGGGAAUUCCUCAAGAAAAUAGAUGGUAAAAUUAGCAGAAAAUUAACACUCGAAGAAAAAGAUAGCAAAUUUAUCAGAGAAAAAGCCACAGCUCCACUUGGAUUGGCUGUAAUCCUACUUAUAUUUACAUCUAAUAUAAAAGAUAAUAUCCAUCUUAAUAAUAAAAAAUCUAUUAUGAUUCUAACUGAAGUACUGGUUGAUAGAUAUAACUCUACAUUACCUAAUUAUAUAUUGCUUAGUAAUAAUUGGUUCUAUGGACGCAAAUAUGAUGAUGAUGAGCUCCAGACUUAUAUACCAGAAAUAAGAGUAAUAGUAUCUGUUAAUAAAAGAGAUAUUCAUGAUUUUUACAAAAUACUUCCUGAGAAAUCGAAAGAUUCGAGCACUUCCAAUUUAGAUACUUCUUCCAAUUCAGAUACUUCAAAUAGUGAUUCAAGUAAUUCUUCCAUAUCUAGUUCGGAAAUAGAAGCUACACAUGCGCAUAAGACUAGAGCAGUAAAGAAAUGCCCUAUUCGAAAGCGUAAAGUAAAAGGCAAAGCUUAUUGCAAAGCAAUAAUGAGCCUCAGUGGAGCGAUGUCAUGUAUUUUAUUUCAAAGAAAUAGCUCUUCGAGCCUAAAUCCACGAAUUGGAGAUCAAAUUUCACCUUUGAUGGGUGAAACAUUUGUCCUAUCUUCACCACCUAUACGGAUACUACCUAUACGGAUGGAAGAGAUCGAGAAUACAGCAACCCAACAAGUCAAAAGUAAUUUGAGGCUUUCUUCGGUUCUCUCUCCAACUUCAAGGCCUCUUGAAACUACUCAUAUACUUAAUCUGCAAACAUAUCAUCCAUUACAAUUCAGUAAAAAACGUUCUAAUGAAGGUAUGGAUGUCAACUCAUCUUCACCUAAGAAGAAGGCAAAGAAAGCAGUUAGAAGAGAAGAUUCGCCUAUUUUGAAAAAGCUUAUUAAGAAAUUGUCUGCUCCAAUUCCACAGCAAAGUUCUUCUGGUAGUAUUAUUUCUCUACAGACAUUCCCUGAUAUAGAUAUUAGCUCGGUUAAUUUUCGUGAACUAGAUAAUAAAAUCAUCAAUGCCGAAGAUGGUAAUAAAAAAACUAUUCUAGAAGUGAUUCAUGCAUAUUAUUAUUUUGGGAAAGGUGAGGAUAUGUUCAAUUCUCUAGUUAAUAAUAAAAUUCGAGAGCACUUUUCAGACCAGGACAAAGUUUCAGAGGCUAAUCUUAGAAAAAGGAAGGAAAGGGUAAUAAAAAUCUUUAAACUCUUUGAUAGGGUUGGAGGGGAAGGAAAGAUAUAUUGUAUUAAGUCUUUUUCUGCGUCAACUAUUUUGAGACUAGGCAUGGAUGAUAUUGAUUAUGUAAAAGCUAAAGUUUUAAAAGCAAGCCAAUAA